AUGAAAAAUAUUACGUUUUUAGUUUCCUUUCUAAUUUUUUUAAGAAGCAUAAAUGCUAAUAUUAGCAUAACCAAUUUUACUUAUACAAAUGGGAAAGGUGAUAUAAAUGUAGAGAUCUUUCAAACUGACUAUAUAACUAUAUUAAAGCUUCCUUUUGGAGGCAAAAAUGAACAAAAGUUUGAAAUAAGUGAUGAUUAUAUUAUUACUAAUGAUAAAGAAACAAAUAAUUGUAACAUACCAAAUAACAAUUUUGGUGUGGUGUAUAGCAAAUCCAAUUCUCAAAAUAAAUUUUUGUUUGUACAAAGAGAAUAUACAACAAUAUACGUAAAGGAUAAAAAUAAUGCUUGCUCCUCUAUUUCAAAGAUUGAACCGUCAUUAUAUUCCUUCCAAACUAUAGAAUAUAAAAAGGAAAAGAUAAAAUUAGGGAAUACAACAAAAUGUGACGAGAAAAUUGUCGAAAAGUUAAAAACAUAUAUUGAUCUUUUAGACGAUAUGAAUCUUUCAGAAGAUAUGAAAUGUGACAAAAUAAUAUCAUCAUCGUUUUUACAAAAUAUAGAGAUAAUAGAUUGUACAGUAUAUAUUGGAAAUAUUUUUCUAUUUAAUAAAUUGAAUAAGGAAGAAUAUUAUAUUUGUAUAAAAAAAGAGGAUAAUAAUAAUAACAAUAAUAAUAAUAAUAAUAAUAUGAAGAAUAAUAUAUCACUUCUUAUCCACACCAUUGAUCUAAAUAAUACACUUAUAUCUAACACAUUUUAUUGUAACAUAGAAAGCGAUAUUUGUUCAAUUAUAAUUAAUUCCGUUUAUUUUAAUAAUAUGCCUAAUAUAACAGAUGAUACUUUAGUUUUGAAAUCUCAAUGUAAUAUUGAUAGCAACCCUUUAAUAAAUAUUGAUCGUGUUUUAAGAGAAGGGUAUUAUACUUUUCAUUUUAGUAAUCCUAAAAUAUAUUUUUUACAAAUAUGUAUUAAAGAUAAUUUGAAGAAAUAUAGAAUGCUAGGUAAAAUAUAUUUUUUAAAAGCAUAUGAACCAGUCAUAUGUUUUAUUGGCACACCAUGUGUUAUUAAAUCUUUUACAGCAAAAGAAAAUGUACAGUAUGUUCAAAAUAAUAUUGAUAAGGAAACGUUUAUAUUUUCAAAUGAAAAAUGUGAUAAUGAAAAUGUAAAUAAAAAAGAAAAUAGGAAUAUCAUAGAAACAAAUUAUGAUAUGAAAGAGCUAGAAAAUAAUCAACAUUUAUAUCUUUUUAGUAAUAAUCCUUUAACAGAUGAAAAAUAUUUAUGUACCUCAAAUAAUGGGAAUUUUUUAUUGUUAUUUUCCAUAGUCUUAAUUAAAUUACCUGAAUAUAAUAUACAUUAUAGUAUUAUAAAUAAUAUAGUUAUUAAUUAUUCUACUCCUUUUUUUGAAUAUAAUAAUUAUUUAGGACCAUAUGUAAAAUAUGAAUGUUCGGAUAAAUCGAUAGUUUCAGAUGAAUAUAACAAUUUUAAUAGUAAUAAAGAUAAUGAUUUUUUAUUAAAGAAUGAUGAAUUAAAUUUCACAAUAAAAUUCAAGGCCAUUAUUAUGAGAUUAUGUCUCAAACAAUAUAAUUUUUAUUAUGAUAUUGGAAAAAUAUAUAUUGAAAAUUUGAUAAAUUAUAAAAAAAUUUCUUCUUUAAAUGAUUUUACAUUUAAUGCUGAUAUAUCCAUACAUGCUGAUGAUUUAAAUACCAAAUUAUUAAAAUUUGCAAUAAAAGAAGAUCAUAACUGUCAUUCUGAUCAAGGCUUUUUUGUUCAAUCUAAAGUUAAUUUUCGUGUAGAAAAAAAAUCUUUUUACAAAAAUAUAUUUAUUAAUCAUACAACAUUAUAUGAAUCAAUAAAUAAAAUUAUUUUAGAUAAACAUAUAUAUUAUAUUUGUAUGUGUUCACUACAUGAAAAAUGUUAUGAUAAUAAUAAUCUAAUAGAUUAUAAUACGUAUACAAAUAUUACUAUACCAAAUGAAAUUCAACCUUCACUAAAUAAAAAAUUUGUAUGCAAAAUUUUUGAGGAUUGUUCUUUUACUAUCAAUUUUGAAAAUGAAGAUAAUAAUAUAUCAGACAUAUGGAUAGCCAAAAAAGGAAAAUCUUGUAAUUCCAAAGAUAUACAAGAAGGAAUUCAUAUUACUCAUCAAAACGUUAAAGAAUUAAAUAAAGAAAACCUUCAUGUAAUAACAAAAGUGAAUUUCAAAAUUUAUUAUAUAAUUAACCAUAUAAAUUAUUCAUAUUUGUUUAAUCAGGAUAUAAUUAUUUGUGGAAAUUAUCGAAAUCAACAUUUUAUUAUUCAUAUAAAAAGUGAUUUCUUCUUAUUAUACUAUGCUCUUCCAUUUGAAGAAGAAAUUAAAAUAAAAAAUGUUACACAAAUUAAUAUAGCUACUAAUACACAUGAAGCACAAAAGAAAAAUAUAAAUACACACAGUCUUGAAAAUAUUAAAAAAAAAUAUAAACGCUUAUUUAUUUAUUCAUACCGUGAUGACGGUAAAAGCAAUUUAUAUAAAACUAUUAACGUUAAUGAAGAUGAAAAUGAAAUAUGGGAUACUAUCAAAUUUGAAAUUCCAAAUGAUUAUCCUACAAAAUAUAAUGAAAUAUAUUUUAUUAAAGAAUGUCAUUAUGAUCAAGGUGUCAUAAUAUAUGAUCACAAAAGAGAAUCAGACAAUAUUGUGCUUAAUAAUGAUUAUAAUCAUAUAAUAAAAAGUAAAGAAAUUUACUGGGCAAGAAAAAAGCGAAUAUUUAAUAAAAAAUUAAAGAAAAAAGGAAAAAUCAAAAAUGAAAUUAUUAAUAUAUAUAAUUGCUCAAACGAAGUAAUGGAAAAUCACACAUUAACAACAAUUCUUAUAUUUGAUGGACCAUUAAAAGCUUUAGACAUUUAUUGUUAUAUGGAACUUGAUUGUACACAUAAAGAAAAAUUUUCAAUAUUAAAUUAUGAUUAUUCAUUAUUUGUUGAAAUAUCAGAGACACAAAGAAUUAUUAUAUAUUCUAAAGAAUCAGAAGGAAAUAAUAAAAAAAAAAAAUUAAAUAAAGAUGAACAAAUAAAUUUAUAUGAAUCUAAAAGAAUUACAGAACUCAUUUUAAGUAUUCCUAAACAUAUUUCAAAAGGAAUAGAACCAGGACCUUAUAAAAUUAUAUAUACAAGAAAAUUCAAACAAUUUAUUCAUGAAUUAUAUGUAGGAACAUUUCAUUUUAUUGGUGCCCCUUUACAAAAAUAUCAUAUUAUACGAGAAAAUCAAGAAAACAUUAUUAUUCAUGGAUAUUUUAAAAAUGUUGAAAAUGAAAAAAUACAAAUUGUAAAACAUCGAAAUACAUGCAUUUUAACAAACAAAGAUAAAAAUAAGAAAUUAUUAAAAUCAACUGAAAUCGAACUUGUUUUAAAUGAAAUUAAAAGAAAUGUUCAAAAUUGUACAUAUUUAGAUGAUAACAAAAUAAUAUGUAAAAAUGAUUUACCUGUACAAGGGAAAUUUGUUCUAUGCUGGUGUUAUAAUAUAUUAAAUAAUGAAAAUAAUAUAUGUCAUAAUUUAAAUAUGUAUAGACCUAAAAUUACAGAAGUUUCUUCUUUAUUAUAUUCAAUGGAUCCAAUAUUAGAAAUAUCAAAAUCCUCUCUUACCAAAAUUUUAAAUUAUAAUAUUGGAGAUUUCUUUUUUAUAAUUGAUGAUGAUUGUGAACAUAUCAAAAAUAUGAAAUUAAAAUCUAAAUUAAAUGAUGAACAAAAUAUUCUAGAUAUCUAUAAACAUUUACAAUAUCCAAAAAAAUAUGAUUUAUGUAUUUGUAUUGUUCAACAUAAUAUUUCAUGUGAUAAGGAAGAAAAUUAUAAAAAUUUUUAUAUCAAAUUAAACGAAAAAUUUUAUUUUACAAAGGAAAUGGGUAACACAGAUGAAUUUAAUAAUAUGGAUAAUUUAAUAAAAGAUUUUACAUUUACUAUAGAUUAUUUGGAAAAAUUAAAAAUGGAUAUGGUCCCUGUCUUUGUUUUUUUACCUGGGCCCGUCGAAUAUAAGGAAUAUGUUUGUUUUGCUGGAAUACCAUGUAACGCACUAAUCAAAAUAAAAAGAUCUACACAAACAAGGUUAAGAACAAACAAUGCGCAAAUUACUGUUGAGAAAAAAGAUGUAACGAAUAAUCAUAUGGAUUCUUAUUGGAAUAAAAAUAAGGGAAAUAUCAAAGGCGCCACUUCAAAAAAAAUCGAAGAGAAAAAGGAACAACAAGGGAAUGAUCAAAAGGGAAGUGAAAUAGUAGAUAAUAAUCAAGAUGAAAAUCAAGAUAAUAAGCAAGAUAAUAAACAAGAUAAUAAACAAGACAAAAAACAAGAUAAUAAACAAGAUAAUAAACAAGAUAAUAAACAAGAUAAUAAACAAGAUAAUAUGCAAGAUAAAGUAGAAAAUAAGAAUAAAGAUAUCAAUAUGGACAAAAAAAUUACAGUCAAAGAAACCAAUAUUGAAAAAAACGAAUAUGAAGAAGACGAUGAUGAUGAAGAAGAAGAAGAAGAAGGGGAAGAAGUGGAAGAAGAAGACGAAGAAGAAGAUGAAGAACAAGUGGAAGAAGAAGACGAAGAAGAAGAGGAAGAACAAGAACAAGAACAACAACAACAACAAAAACAAAAACAACAAUUUGAUGAUGAUAAUAAAGAUGAAGUUGAAGAUUCAGAUAAAAACGAAAAAAAAGAGGACGAAACAGAUGAUUAUAAAAAUAACGAUAAAGAUUUUAAUCCAAAUGAAGAAGAAUCACAAAAGGUGAAUCCAAACACACAACAAAAUCAAUAUAAUGAACAAAUUAUUUCAGAUGAAGAACAAGUUAAUAUUGAACACAAACCGUUAGGACAACAUCACUACAUAUAUUACACAUUAAAUGAUACAAAAGAAUGUAAUAAUGAGUAUGAAACCGUUUAUAAAAGUAAUGCAUCCAGUAUAUAUGUUUCACAAGAAAUAAAUUAUUUACAUCAGGAAUUUAUAGAUGGAGUUUAUAAUUUAAAAAUUGAUAUAGUACCUAUAGAUAUAACUAAACGCUAUGAAAUUUGUGCAUCAUUCUAUCCAGAUGAUAAAUAUUUUUAUAAUAUUGGAAAUGUUAUAUUUUAUGGAAUAUUUAAUGAAUCGAAUACUUUAGAUAUAAUUUCAGGUGUUCCAUUUAGCUUUGAAAUAAAUCAAUUCUAUUCGAAAUAUAAUUUAUUCAUUCGUUUGAUUUAUGAAAAACAUGGAGAUUCUAAAAUAUGUAGAUUAUAUAAUAAUAAUUUUGAAAAUGUGUUUUUAGAAAGUUCUAUAGAACACACAAUAGUUCAACAUGAAAAGAAAGUUUUAGAUAAUUAUAUAACUAAUUAUAAAUGGAAUGAUAUAACAAUCAUUUUAGAUACAGAUAAUAAUAAUUAUAUGACUUCAUAUCAAAAUAUAGAUGGUUCUUAUAAUUUAUAUGUAUGCUCCUGUUAUGAAUUAACUGAGGGACAUUGUAAAUCAGAUAACUAUUUUUCUACACAAGUCAUGAAAUUUUAUGUACAUACAGUUGAAUUAAAAGAACCCAAAAUGAAUUCAAUAAUACAUUUCUUAAAACCAUUUACGCUAAAAUUAGAAACUACCAAAAUAUUAAAUGGAUCGAUUAAAGUUAUACCAAUUGAUAUAAUAUCAGAUUUAAGUAAAUUAUGUUUAGAAUUAAAUUUUAAAAAAAUAUAUUUAAAAUAUCAAGCAGAUAUUAAUGAAUAUGAACAAUCAUAUAAUAUAACUAUUAAUUUUCUUUCUCAAGGUUUUAUUAUAUGUUGGUGUGGAAACGAUAAUUGUAAAGACAAUGAAUAUUUAACAAAAGUUGCUUUUUUCAGAUUGAACAGUCCAAAAUUUAUAGAUGUACACACAGAUUUGUAUGGAAACUUUUCCUUUCAUUUCUUAAAUCAGUUUGUAAAUAUAAAUGAUAGAGUAAGAUUUGUGGGACAAGCUUCCUCUUGUUUAGAUGAUGAGAACGUUGAUUUAUUUAAUAAUCACAUUCAAAUAAGAAAAAUAGAAAAUAAAAUAGAAAAAAUGACCAAUGGUGGAAAUAACAAAAAGGCCCAACAACAAAAUAAUAAUAAUAAUAAUAAUAAUAAAAAUAAUAAUAAUGAUGAUCAUCAUCAUCAUGAUAAUGUGCAGGAUGAUAAUUAUGAGAGAUACACAUUGGACUGGGAACAAAUCAUCGAAAUAUAUGGAAAACCAAGAUAUAUUUCUAAAGGCAUAAACCAAAACUGGACUUGGAUUUCUGAAAAUUACAAAAUGAAAAAUUCAAAUGAAAAAUACAUAAAAAUAUGUUAUUGUUUCCGCUUUUAUUAUAAUAAUUGUAAAGAUACCAAAAAUUUUCUAUAUAUAGGAUUAGUACAUAAUAAUAUUUGGAAUAGCAAAACAAUAAUUAUGCAGAAUGAAUUAGAAACAAAUUAUGAAAUACAUAAUUUGAUAUAUUUUAAUAAAGAUUCUAUUAAAUUUGUUGCAAUUAACUCAUUUAACGAUUUGAAUAGAAAUGUUUGUGAUAAUAUAAAUUAUGAAAAAAAUAUUAUUAUGCCUUACUUUUUUGGAUAUAAUAAUUUUCAUAAUUCGACAUUUAAUCAGAAUAAUAUAUUAAAUAUAGGCAAGACAUAUUAUCUUAAUGAAUUUAUUUUUAUAUUAUGUUAUAAUACUGAAUAUUAUAAGAAGAAAACAUUUUUCUUAUUAGCACCAAAGGAUAUGUCUGAGUUAAAUGAACUUACAACAUAUUAUAAUGAAAAAAUAAAUACAUUUAAUUUAACACAAUCAGGUUUUUUAUAUGAUUCAGAUAUAAAGGAUAUUUCAACAAAAAAUGAAAAUAUUGAAAAAUAUGAAAACUUACAAUUAUUGUUACAAAAUAAAGUGAACAAACCAAACAUAUUUGAGAAUUAUUUUUAUCUAAAAGAUGUAUAUAAAAAGAAUAAUAUGAGUAUAUAUAAUAUGAACUUUUAUAAUAUGAGUCCAUAUAUAAUUUAUAAUAAUAAGAAGAAUACAAAUAUACAAGUAAAGAAAAAAUUAAAAAUUAUAUUAACAAAAAUGUAUCAUAUGACAAGUAUAGAUAUCAAUGAAAUUAUAUUUUAUAAAGAUAAAGGAGAAUUAUUAACUGGUCUUAAUUUACAAAAUAUAUUUAUUCUACCAAAGAAAAGGAAAGUCAUAUUAUGUUGUUAUAAUGAUGAUUAUAUAGAAGUAGAUAUAAAUGAUGAAAACAAAAUUGGAUUGAAAAAAUCAAACAAAAUACAAGAAUUAAUUGAUAUUUUUAAAAAAUAUCAUCCAAAUUUUGAACGAAAUAAAAAAAAACAAAAUGAUAUAUUAGAACAAUUUAAUAAUAUCAAUGAUAUUUUAUUUAAAUAUGAUUAUAUAAGAAAUGAUAACCAAAAUGAAAUUUAUUAUGAUACAGGAUUUUUUAGAAAUCACAUUUAUAUACAACUAAUUAAUCAUCCAUUUGAUUUAAAAAUAUAUGGAUCAAAUAUACAAAAAAAGAACAAAAAAGAAUAUAUAUUAUAUAUAAUAGAUUUUCAUAAUACUUGUUAUAAAAAUAUGAAUAAAAAUGGAUUUUUCUUAGAACAUAAAAGAUAUAAUCAAAUGGAAAAUUAUAUACACUUUUUACAAAUUUCCAUGAACAAAAUAAAUAAUUACAAAUUGUGUUUAUAUGAAAAAAAUAGUGAUAUAUAUUCCAAUGUGGGUAUUUUGAAUAUGACAGAUUAUUAUGUUAUAAAAGAGAAUUUCUUUUUCGACAAUGAGGAUAUUGAAAAUAUAAAUAAAAAUAAAAUGGAAAUUGAUUAUCAUGAUAAUAAUAAUUAUGAUAAUAAUAAUAAUAAUAAUAAUAAUAAAUAUUACAUUAAAUAUCAUAGUCAAAAUGUCAUCAAAAAUGUAUGCUUAAUUAUAGACAAUACAAACAAAAUAAUUGUUAUUAAAGAAAAGGGAAGCUUUUAUUUUAAUCUGCAAAUAGAAAAAGGAAUAUUCAUAGAGAAGGGAAAUCAAAAAUUAAAUGAACUAUUCCCUGAUAUAAAAAAUCAUGAACUUAUAUCAUGUAAAAAUAAAAAGAAAAAUACAAUUAUAUUAACAAAAACACAUAUUUUUUUGUAUACCAAAAAUAAUGAUAUAUCUUUUUCAACAAAACAUAACUUACCAUUUCCAUAUGACAUCGAUUUUGAUGAUAUGUAUAUAUAUAUAAAUGAUUUAUAUCUCAAUAAAAUUGCACGUAUACAAAUUUUAUCUACUAAAGAUAAUAAAACACCUAUUCCAAUUAUUAAUAAUAAACAAAGAACCAAAAGAAGUAUUAUCAACCAUGAUAAUGAAUCACAACAAAAUAUAAAUACCUACAAUAGACAUAGAACUAAUCAAAUUAUAGAUCAAAAUAUUCAAAAGAAAGAAAAAACAUAUCAUCAUUUUAUUCCAUUACAUGAGGUGAAAAAAAAAAAGUUACAAAAUAAUAAUAUAAUAAAAUUAAGGCAAAAUGAAUUCACCAUUAAAAAUUUGAAAAAUAUAGAUUAUUCAAAAAAUAACAUUCCUAAUCAAAAAAUCAGUUCAAAAGAUUACAUAUACAAAAUGAGCGAUUUCCAAGCAUUCAUAAAUAAACAGGUUAAUUUAAUUACUACCAAUUUAUUUAGUUUGUAUAAUUAUUUUGAAAAGAAAAAAUAUUAUAACACUCUGAGUUAUUUUAUUAAAUGGUUAUGGUCAAAUAAAUUAGGAUCCUCAGGAGAAGAAAAAUAUUCAACAAAAAGUAGCAUUACACCGAAUGGAAACAACAUAAAAAAUGAUAAUAAUAAUUAUAAUAAUAAUAAUUAUAAUAAUAAUAAUAAUCAUAAUAGUAGAGGUCGUGAAAAAUAUAUUCAUAGUUAUCAUACAAUUAGUGGAGAAAAAAUGCAAAAUGAAAACCUACAUAAUACACACCAUUUUAAUAAUUUUAUUCAAUUUUUUCAAAAUAAAAAAAAUUCUAUACAUAAAAAAGAAAAAAAUAGUAAAAAUAUUCCGUCAUAUAAUAUAAUGUUUAAAAAUAUUAACCAUAUAUCAAACACACUAAAUGAUAGAAAUGAACAAGAAUUAACAAGUACCACUAUAAAGAAAAGAACAAAAAGAAAUGUUGAGGGAAAACUUAUGAAUCAAUCAUCUUAUAAUGAACUUAUACUAGCAAGUAUCAAAAAAUAUACAAAUAAAGUAGAAGCUUUCCAUUUUGUCAAUAAUCAAAUUGAUUAUAUAAAUUAUAUAAUAAAUUUAAAAAGCCCAUUAAGUAUCAGUAUCCAAAAUAAUGUCCUAUAUAUUUUAGAUUCUAUAAAAAAUACUUUUUUUAGUUACAAUCUGAUAAAUAAAGAAAUGAAAGAAUUAGAAAAAUAUCAUUUUCAUGAUCAUCCAUACAUAUUAAAAAAUCCUUUACAUUUUUCCAUAUACAAUGGUAUAAUAACAGAAUAUACAGAACAUAAAAAUAACUUAGCAUUUGUCACCCAAAUUGAUAGUAAUGAGAUAAAAAUAAUUGAUUUAAAUAAUAGUAAAAAAUAUAAAAUAAUCAAAGCAAUUAAACUAAGGAAAGGAUAUAAACAUAAUCACAUAAAUUAUGUUAUAGGAAUAAAACAGAAAUUAUUAAUAAUAACAUCACAAAGUGAAAAUAUUAAUCAUUAUAAAAAUAUAAUUUAUCAUUAUCAUUUUAAUUCUUUUGAUCAAUAUUUUAGUAUAUCUUUUAAUUAUACAUUUGCAAAAAAUUAUAAUGCAAGUGAUAAUUUGUAUAUUAUUCCUGAUAUAGAUAAAUAUAGUGAUAAUAUAAUAUAUUUUUGUUUUCUAAAUUCAAAUAAUAAAUGUACAAAUAUUGAUGAACUAACCAAAUUGUCUAUAUCUCACGAAUCAGGAAUAAUAACAGGAAAACUAAAUUAUUUUGGGACCUUUUCCUUAAAAAUAUUUGCAAAAACACAUUUUCAAUAUAAAAUUAAUACAUAUACAAAUUUAUAUUCUUAUUGCGGUAUUAGUCAAGAAUAUAAUAAAACAAAAUCUACAUGCGAGAGCUGUCCAAUAGGUACUUUUUGGAAUAGCGAAAAAUUAUUAUGUGAGAACUGUCAUAAAUAUAUUCAAAAUACUUCUACCCUAAAAAAUGGAUCAAAAUUAAAAACAGAUUGUCUAUGUUCCCCAGGAUAUGAAUAUUCUGAUAAAUCAUCGAAAUGUGAAAAAUGUAAACCUGGAUAUUAUAAAGCAAGUGUUGGAAAUUUUAUUUGUAUUAAAGGUUGCCCAAUAAAUGAAAAAAGUAUAACGUAUGGUGCAAAAAAUUAUAAAGAAAUGGAUUGUAAAUGUAUUGAAGGAUAUUAUAGAAAAGGAGAUAAAUGUGUUUUAUGCUUAUCAAAUUAUUAUUGCCCAGGAAAUGAAUUAAUAAAACCAUGUGAUAAACAUAAAAUAUCCAAAGUAGGAGUUAUAGACAAAAAUGAAUGUAAAUGUAAAGAAAAUUAUAUAACAGAUAAUAAAAAUAAUAAUUGUGUUUAUUGUGCUUCUAUAGCAAAAAUUGUAGGCAAACCAAUUUAUUGUUCUUUAUGUGAUCCAAUUUAUUUUCAUGAAGAAAAUUAUAAAAAUUUAUUUAUACUUCCUAAUAAUAUACAUAAUUAUGGACUAAUUAAUAAUAUAUAUAAUUAUGAUGAAGAUUUAUCAUUACAAGGAGAUAUAAUGAAAUAUGCUUAUUUUCAUAAAACCACAAAUAUAGAAAAAAAUUUUACAAACUAUAUAAAUAUUAAUAAUAUAUAUCAUACAUUUAAUAAUAAUAUUAAUAAUUAUGAUUAUUUAAAUACAGCCAAAUUUGCUGUCGAAAUAGAUAUUCCUAAACCAAAAAAAUGUAUAUAUUGUGAUAGUGGAUAUUAUAUGAAAAAACAAAAAUGUGUUUCAUGUACUAACAAAUAUUGUGAAGGAUUUAAUCACACGCCAAAAGCAUGUCCUAAAAAUUCAGUUGUAAAUAAAAUAAAUGCAUCUUCUAUUUUUGAUUGUUCAUGUAAACGUGGAUAUGGUAUAUUAAAUGAAAGAAGAAAUGCAUAUGAUAAUAAUAUUACAUGUCAACCAUGUCCACAAAAUUUCUUUAAACAUAUUAUAUCUGAUGAUUCCUGUUUUCCAUGCCCAUUAUAUACAUAUACUUUAAAUCAAGGAGCAACAUCUAUAUUACAAUGCUUACCAAAAAAAGGAUAUUUCAUUUAUAUGUUUAAAAAUAUUAAUAUAGACUAUUUAAGAUAUAAAUUUGAUAUAAACACAGAAAAUAGAAUAUAUAAUUAUUUUGAAAAGAAUAAUAAAAUAUUUCAUGAAGAUGUAUAUAAUUUUUUUUUAAACAAGCAAUAUUCAAAAUUUUUUUAUAACACAGAAAAUAAAACAAAUAAUAAUAAUAGUAAUAAUAAUAGUAAUAGUAAUAAUAAUAAUAAUAAUAAUAAUAAUAGUAAUAAUAAUAGUAAUAAUAAUAGUAAUAGUAAUAAUAACAAAACAAAGGAAAAUCAUUUUUAUAAUACAGUGCGGAAUACAUACAACCCUUCGAAUAAUUUACAAAAUAAAAAUACAGAAAAUAUUUAUAAUAUACAAUACUUGGAACAUUUAGGAUUUAUCAAAAAAACUUCAUUGUUCUAUAUUUAUAUGAUACUCUUAAGAAAUAUUGAAGAACAUUAUAAUUUUAAUAUGGAUAGAAUGUUAAAAAUUACUUGCCAUAUAAACCUUCAUUUAAAAAAAAACCCACAUUUCACUAUUACGUAUAAAACAAAUUUACAAGAAUGUAUAGACAGUUGUAAAAAUAAUAUAUAUUGUAGAGGUAUUGAAUUUUCAAGGAAACAAGUAGAAUAUACUCAAAUAAUCUUAAAAAAUAAUAAGAAAAUUAUACUUGGAUAUUUUAAAUGUAAACAAUUUUAUUUCCAGAAUAUGUAUGAUUAUUCUUCCUAUAACUUAGAUUCUUAUUUAAAUGAACAUAUAGAAAAUCAAAUAAAUAUUAAAAGUACAUUAACAUAUACAAAUUUCAUUAUGAAAAAUAAAUCAGAUAUUAUUUAUACUUGUUCAAUUGAUAGAGAUCCUAAAUAUUUACUUUAUAAACAUUAUAAACUAGUAGAAUGUGUAAUAGGGAAAUUUUGUCCAGGUAAUAAUACUCCAUAUAUGAUAUCAUGUCCUAUUAAUUCUAUAACCACAAUACCAAUAUCAACAGAUGUAAAUAAAUGCUUAUGUUUAAAAGGAUAUUCCUAUGUAGGAGUUACAUCUUAUAGAUGUUCUUUAUGUGAUAGAGGAACUUAUAAAAAUUCAACAGGUAAUAAUAAAUGUGAUAAUUGUCCUUUAUCAUUUUCAACAACACAUAGAGGAUCAACAAGUAUUAAGGAUUGCUCUUGCACAUCUGGAAAUUAUCUGACAUUUGAUACCUUGGGAAAUUUUAUACGUACGGAAAAUAUUCAGCAAAAAAAUAUUAGCGAUCAGUAUUUUGUUAUACCCAUAAAACAGGAAUCUCAACAUGAAAAUGAAAAUAAAGUUAAAAAUGUAAAUAAAGAUGAAAAUAAAAAUAUAAAUAUUUUUAAUAUUAAUAAUAUUUACAACCAUGAUAUAGUUUAUAAAACGAAAAUAAUCAAAAUUAGUUUGAAUAAAGAAAAUGAUAAUCAUAAUGAUUAUAUGAACAACUUAUUAGAACAAACUAUAGGUGUAUGUAAACCAUGUACUUUGGAAAACCAUUAUUGUGAAGGAGGUUUAGAAACUGAUAUCACUUUUAAUAAUAAAAUUAUUAAAGGUAAAUUUCAUACCUUACCAAAAAAAUGUCCAAAGGGAUUAGGUAUUCCAAAUAUAAUUAAAGAAAGAAAUUCAAUAAAUAAUUGUUUGUGUAUACAUGGAAAAGUUUUAAGAACCACACAAAAUAAAAAUGUGGAAUGUUUCCCUUGCCCACCUAACACAUUCAAAGAAAAUGAAUAUGACAAUAGUUGUUCAGGUGCUUGUCCUCCAUUUUCUACUACUUUUGUUGGGUCAUCUUAUGAAAAUCAAUGCUUUUGUAAAAAUAAUUAUUAUCUUGUAUCUACGGAUGAUGAAAAUGACAACAACAAUAAUAAUAGUAAGAGCUAUAUAAAAGUGAACAGUUGUAAAGUUUGUCCUGUAGGAGCUAUAUGUAAUAGAGGAUUUAACAUAUAUAUAUAUCUAAAACUAUUAAAUGAUAGAUCAUAUAAUAAUAUAAAUGUAAUAGAUCAUGAAACACCCUUUCCUAAAUAUGGAUAUUAUGCAGUAUACCGAGAAAAAACAAAUCCAACUAAAUUAUGGGACCCAUUAGAUGAUAAUGCAAUUUCACAUUAUGUCUAUCCUUAUCAUAAAUUGCUCUUAUUUAUUCAAAAAAAUAUACAGAAGGGAAAUUAUUUCUUUUUAGAAAAAGGGAACAAAUUUUACCUUAAUGAUGAAUUUGUGGAAAAAAUGAAAGAAAAGAGUAAAUAUAAAGAAGAAAAAGGAAAUAAAUUUGUACCAAAAAAUAAAAUAAUAGAUAAUAUCAAAACAAAUAAUCUAAAAGGAAACCAUAACAGCAACAACAACAACAAUAAUAACAAUAACAAUAAUAAUAAUAAUAAUAAUAAUAAUAAUAAUAAUAAUAUCUCAAACUUAUUGCACAAGGAUAAUAUACGUGAAAAUAAUUACAAUAAUGAUAUUAUUGAAUUAUCUAGUUAUGAAGAUUAUACAUUUAAAAAAUUGUCCUCACCUUCUACAAUUCGAUCAAAUAAUAAUGUUAUUUCCUUUAUACAAAGUAAUGAUAAGUCUAAUGAUUCAACAAAUGAUAAUAAUAUAGAAAAUGUUGUGGAUAUUUUUAAUAAAUACGUUCAGGAAGCUAAAGAAUUACAAAUACAAAAUAGAAAAUUUGAAAGACUACCAGAUAUACAUCCAUGUACUAUUCCAAACAGAUGCCUUGGUACCUUAAUAAAUUUGUGCUCAGAUGGAUCUACUGGAUAUCAAUGUAAUAACUGUUCAAAAAAUUAUGAUAUGUCUUAUUUUAAAUCUAAAUGCAAAAAGUGUCAAAAUUUCUUCUAUGAAAUAUUACAUAUCAUAUUAUUAAAAUUAUUAUAUUAUAUAAUUGUUAUAUUUAUAUGUGCCCUUAAUGGUAAUAUUUUAAAUAAAUUACAUGUUAGUGGAAUAUUAAUGAGAAUAUGGUUAAAUUGCUCUUUUACUUUUAUAGCUUACGGAUUUUUUAUUCCUAACAUGAAUUCAUUUAUUUCGAAAUAUUGGUAUCUAUAUAAAACAGCUUUUUCAUAUCAUAUGAAAAUUUUUGCUUAUUACAUAAGGGUACAAUGUCUUCUUAAUUCGUUACAUAUUAAUUUGUCAUAUAAUGAAAUCUGGUAUAUACAAAAAUAUAUGAAUAUUUUUACUCCUAUAUUUGAUUCUAUAUUUAUAACAAUCUUAUUGUUUGCCCUAAUACAUAUAUACAAAUUUAUUUUUUACAAAAAGAAUAUAAUUAUAUUCGAACAACUAUUGUGUACUAUUCCUGAGUUGAAUAUGUUAUAUAAAAAGGAUUUUAUAGAUAAUAUUCAUGAUGUGGCAAAUAAAAACUAUGCAAAUAAUAACUCUGAUAGUUUUGAAGAAAAUGAAAAUCAAAAUGAAGAAAAAAAAAAUAAAAAAAAUAAAAAAAACAUAAAGGACAAGAACAGCACUAAAAAAAUAAAUAAUGAUAAUAAUAAUAAUGAUGAAUAUAAUAAUAAUUUUAAUAAGGAUAACAUUAAUUAUAAAGAUGAACAGAUAAACCAUUUUGAAAAAUGCUCAAGCAUUACUACCAUACUAAACAAUUUGGAACUAAACAGCCAAGAUCAAAAUAAGAAAAGUAACAAAAAAAUAUUUGAUAUAAAGAAAAAAACAUCUAUAGAAAAUAUUAAGAAAAAUGAUGCAAAUAUUUUAUCGAAUGAUACCUAUAAUAAUGUAAAAAAUAAAGAAUCCAAUAUAAACACAAACAAAAAUAUAACAAAUAACAUAAAUUAUGAAUUAAAACAUAUUAAAAAUAAAGAGUGGUAUAAUAUAUUCUUAAAUAAAACUAUUCAAUAUAUAUAUGAAGAAAAAAAAAUCUUUGGAUUAUGGCAUUUCAUAUUUAAAAAAAAUGAUAACUGGGUUAAAAAUAUAGGAACAUUUUUAAAUGAUACACUUCCUUGUUAUAUAUUAAUAAUGAUAUUAUCGAUACCAUACAUACUUUUAGAACUUAUACAAUUAACAUAUUGUACACCUAUAAAAUAUAAAUCACAAAAAGAAGAUUUUUAUUUAACAUAUCUUAUUACACAGAAAUGUAGUUUAUCGUCUAAAUUAUUUUUAACAGGUUUAAUUGUAACGAUUGCAAUGGUUUCUUUUUAUAUAUGCCUAUGGAUCCUUUUAUUAUAUUUAUAUUCAAAAAGAAAAAGAUUGAAUUUGUUCGAUUUAUUAACAUCAAAUUUAUUAACAGGUUAUAGAAAAGGAAAAAUAAUAUUUGAAUUAAUAAUUUUAUUAAAACAUAUUCUAAUCAUAUUUUUAAUAUGUUUUAAUAUAUAUUAUGAAUUUUAUUAUAUUGUUUUUCUUACAUUAAUAUUAAUUACGUUUGCUAUUCUAGAAAUUUUAUCAAAUCCAUAUGAUAAGAGAUCAUUUAAUAUACUUAAUAAAUCAUUAAAUAUCGGAAAUGUAUUAAAUAUAUUUUUCCCUUUAAUUAUUUGGGGCAGUUUUUAUUGGACAUAUGAAAAAUUUUUUAUAUUUCCUAUAUUUGUUAUAUAUGCUUAUCACAUUUAUAUGAUUCAUCAUAUAGUUAAAGAAUUUACACUAUCUAUUCAUUUUAUAAAAAAAGAAAAUAUAGUUAAUAUUCAAACUAUUGGAUAUGAUCCAGAAAAUAUAAAAAAUAAAAAUUAUAAAAUAUAUUAUAAAGUCAUGAACAAAAUUAAAUAUUUCCUUAAUAAAAAUCAAAAGAAAAAUAUUUCAAAUGCCAAUCAAAAUAAAGACAAAGAUUUGAAUAAAAAUAAUAAUUCAAAAGAUCACGUAAAAUUUGAACCAAUUGAAAAUAUUAUAAAACGAUAUAAUCUGAAAUUAAAUAAGGGUAUCCUCAAAGAUGCAAAUAAAAAUAAUGAUAAUAAUAAUAAUAAUAAUAAUAAUAUGCAUACACAGGUUGAAGACAAUAAAAAUGAUAUAUUAUUUAUUAAAAAAAAUGUGUUACCUGUUAAUGUACAUAAUGUGGCUUCUAUUUGGUAUGAUGAGCAAAACGAAGAUUUAUUAUUUCAGAUGCCAUAUCAAAAUAAAUUCUGUCUCAAUAUCAAUAAUGAAGAAAAUGAAAAUGAUGAUAAUGUAAAUGAUUCAACAAAAGAUAAAACAAGUGACGAAAAAAAUAAUAAUGAUACAAAUGAUGAUCAUUUAAAUGGUAAUAGUAACAAUAAUAAUAGUAAUAAUAAUAAUAAUAAUAAUAAUAAGGAUAAUAAGGAGGCGAAUGAAAAUAAUGAUAAUAUAAAUCAUAACAACAUAAGUAAUCAUAAUUAUAAUUCUUCUAUUACUUUUAAUACUAAUAAAAAGAAGAAAAACUACUUUAAUAAAUUAUCAGAUUAUAUAAUUGAUAAACGAAAUAAAAAAAACAUUAAAUAUUUUAUUACAUCUCUUAUGGAAAUUAUUGAAAAGUUUUUAGAUUCUUCUACACAUUGCUUUAUAUACGAAAAUUGGUUCGAUUUUACUAUCCGAUUUGCAUUCGUAUAUAUAUCAUGGAUCAAAAAAUGUAACAAAAAAAAUAAUAUUAUGCUGCCUAUGAAUAUACAACAAUUACAUAUUCAUAUGGACCUCUUUAUAUUUACACCUUUAUUUUCUAAAAAUAAUUAUACUUCAAAAUAUGAACAAAAUAUACAAAAUUACUCCAAAAAAAAAAUAUAUAAUAAAAUAAAUAGGUAUGAUGAAAAAAAAGAGAAUGUUGAACUACUUGAAAAAAAUAAUAGUUUUGAAAAUACAGAAAUUAAAAUCAGCCGCAGUUUUGGAUCACACAAUUAUAUGCCAAACAUAAAAAAUAGGAAAAAUAAUAAUGACAGAAAAGGAGAUAUUACUUCUAUAAAUGAUAUAAAUGUAGAUAAUAUAAAUAUGGAUAAUAUAAAUAUAGAUAAUAUAAAUGUAGAUAGUACAAAGGAGGAUGAUAAAAAUGAAAAUCACAAUAUCAACCAUCUUAUAAAUGAGCACAAUGAAAAAGAAUCUUCUGAGCAUAUAAACAAUAUAAACGAUCAAAAUAUUAUAGACUAUAAUAUAGAUGAAAAUAUAUCUAAAAAUAAUGAAAAAGAGAAAAAUAUUAAAAUGUCUCCCAAAGAUAAUUCCUUUACUCAAAAAGAACAUAAUAAUAAUAAUAAUAAUAAUAAUAAUAAAUAUAAUAAUAGUGAUAUUCUUAAUUAUUCUUUAGAUAUUUUUUCAUCAGAAAUGUUUAAUGAAAAUAUGUUUCAUAGUAUCAUAUCAUUAUUCGAAUUAUAUAUGGCUAUAAAAACUUUAAAAUUAAUGGAUUCACAUAUUUUUAAUAACCUAUACCAAAUGUAUAAUAAAAAAAUUAUCACUUUCGAUACAAGUAUUAUGUUUUAUAUUAAUAAACUAAGAGAUGAUAUAAAAUCAGAAAUUGAGCAAAUUGAUAAAGAAAUAAAUACAGGAGAUACAACAGAAAAAGAAAGAAUUCAAAAUUAUUAUUAUUACAAAGAAGAAUUAAUGAAAAGAAAAAAAUUAGAAGAAGAAUUAUUAUCUAAAAUUAAAAGUCUUGAAGAAUGUAUUGAAGUAAACAAACGAUCACAAUCGUUAAGAAAUAUGUUAUUAACAAAAAAGAAAAAAAAUAAUAAAGAAAAUAUUGAAAAUAAUGAGAAUAAUGAAAAUGUAGAGGAACAUAUAAAUUAUAUCUUUUCCCAUUUACAUAAUGAAGGUACAUAUAAAUUAAAUCAUUCUCAAAAUAUGGACAAAAAAAAUUAA